AUGCCCCUCACAAAUUUCGAGACACCGAAGAGAUAUUCGUACCAGACUGGUUUCCUUGCCAAUCUAGAAACGGAGGCUAUCCCAGGAGCCUUGCCAAUCGGACAGAACUCACCUCAAAAAUGUCCGUACGGUCUUUACGCUGAGAAGAUCUCAGGCACUUCAUUUACGGCGCCACGGUGGGAGAAUCAACAGACAUGGGUGUAUCGCAUCAUUCCAUCAGCAUCUCACGCUGCGUUCGAGGCCGUGCCUUGUGACAACAGUCUGGAAGCAAAGUUCAAUUACAUUCCUGAUCAGCUCCGAUGGGAUCCUUUUGAUGUCAACACGGAUGUUGACUGGAUCCGAGGCUUGAACAUGGUCGCCGGGGCGGGUGAUCCUGCUCUUAAGAACGGCGUCGCUUACUAUAUCUACGGCGCCACCCGGUCAAUGGCUGAGAAGACUGCAUUCUACAAUUCCGACGGCGACAUGCUCAUUGUGCCGCAGCUGGGCGCGCUUGAUAUCUGGACGGAAAUGGGUCGGCUACUCGUUCGACCCAACGAAAUCUGUGUCUUACCUCGUGGUAUCAGAUACCGAGUCGAUCUCGUGGACAACCAGCCGAUCAGGGGGUUCGUACUGGAGAUCUACAAUGGACACUUCCAGCUUCCCGAACUUGGACCCAUAGGUUCGAACUGCUUAGCAAACGCCCGAGAUUUCCAGAUACCUGUCGCGGUAUACACCUAUGAUACCAAGUCGACCUGGACGGUAUACACCAAAUUCCGAGGCCGACUCUUCUGUACCAGCCAAACUCAUACGCCGUUUGAUGUUGUCGCUUGGGAAGGGAGAUAUUACCCAUAUAAGUACGAUCUGGGUCGCUUCAACACCAUCGAGACCAUCUCGUAUGAUCACCCGGACCCGUCACUGAAUACUGUUCUCACCGCGACGUCCAACGCCCAUCCCGGGACCGCCAUCGCCGACUUUGUCAUUUUCCCGCCUCGUUGGCUCGUGGCUGAAGAUACCUUUCGGCCUCCGUCUUACCACCGCAACUGCAUGAGCGAGUUCAUGGGCCUGAUCCAAGGUUCUUAUAUCGCCAAGGGAGGCGGUAAAGGCGGCUUUCAGGCAGCUGGGGCCAGCCUGCACAAUUGCAUGAGCAGCCAUGGCCCAGACUCUGCAGCGUUUGACAAAGCCUCCAACGAGGAGCUUGUACCUGUCAAGGCGAGCGUGGGGAGCAUGGCGUUCAUGUUCGAGAGCUGUUAUAUGGUUGGCAUCACAGACUGGGGGUUGACAAAGUGUUCUAAAUUGCAGCCAAAGUACUGCGAGGAAAGUUGGGGAGGACUUCGAGAUUAUUUCCAGCCGCCCAGGGCGGCAGCGAAUGGCGAGAAUGGAGUGCAUUAG